AUGAAAUUCAAGAAUAAUUUUUCGAAUUUGAUAUUAUAAGAAACUAACAUUAGUUUUAGCAUUAAAAAAUUUCAAAUUUUAUACUAUUAGUGUUAAUUGCUAAUUUCUCAUAAUCGAUCCAGGUCUAAAUUUGUCUUACAAUACAAAUAAUCCAAAAUCUAAAUAAUUAUAAACAUUAUAUAAUUCAUCUUUUUAAGACACAAACAACGACAAGGACAAUCAAAUCAUUCAAAGAAAAUACUAGAUUUAGGAAUUUCAAUUUAAGAGGAAUGGUGA